GGUUGUGUUCCUGGGCAGAGGAGAGGUCCUCUCCAUGUGCCUGUUUGAGUGCUUCAUCAAGUAGGGUCAACAGGGCGGCUGCUUGUUUCGUAAACUUGCAGUACACGGCAACUUCGUCCCCUAACGUAUCAUACUCGGGAAUUUUGAGGCAAGAAGUCGCUGAUUCUAGCUCGUUUGUCAGCUCUCGUUCCCGGGAAAAGCUCUGAAAUGUAUCCAACGUCUCUUCCAAUGAUAGGAGAACGCUAGUUCCUUCUUUUGGCGGAGUGAGAAGCUGCCUUUAUGCACCGAAGGACUCCAGAGAGGUCCAUCGGCAUCGUUCUUUUCUCUAAAAGAUGCGCACCAACAUCAUCACGUGGGUCGAGGUCGAAGGUCGGGAAAGUUUGAAAAAUGGCCGCAGCAGAGAGCGGCGUUGCAGAGGCUUCUGCCUCGACAGAGACGACCGGUCAGACAGGCUCAGGAGCCAGGGUGUCGUGGAAGACCAAGUACCUGACUCUGAAGGCCAAGUGCGAGCAAAUGGACCAGUCAAACGACGUGCUGUACUCCAAGUCGAGGCAGAUCUACAAGAUGAUCCAGAGAGCAGAGACCGAGAAAAAGAUGUUGGUGAGGCAUCUGGAGCAGUAUGAAGUAUAUCCACAAGUCGAGAGGCAUGUGACCUCACUCCCGAGGUCGAGAGUGGGCGAUUCCUUCUCUCCCCCUCCCUCCUUCCCCCUCUCCACCUCCCUCCCUCGCUCCAUCUUCACCUCGCCCACCCCUGACCCCAAUGAAACAGAGUUUGUGCAGAGUCUGAAACAAGACAUUGGAGCUGUCUCUUCUCCCUCCCCCACUCCCCCCUCCCUCCCUCCUCACACCCCUCACCAACUGCACCCACCUCCCUCCAAGAGGCCUCACGUAGCUACGCCCACCCAAUCAACCAACUCUUCCUCCUCCUCUAAGACAAAGAGAACCCCGAAAGGUGCAGCGAAGAGUUCACCCGCCAGUCGACGGAAGAAAGACCAGGACUCCAGCGCCCCGAAAAAGCCGUCAAACGCGUUUUUCUGGUUCUGUCAGGAGCAGCGUGGGAGUCUGGAAGAUCAGUUCAGGGGAGAGGGCGUGGCAGGUCAGCACAGCCUCACCAAGAUCCUGGCUCAGAAAUGGGGCGAAACCCCCACUGAUGACAGGAAGAAGUACUACCUGAAGUACAACGAGGACAAGAAGAGGUAUGAGAGGGAGAUGCAGGCCUACCACCAGAGGAAACACGAGCAGCAGAUGAUGCUCCAGGAGCAGGUUCAGCAGCAGCUGUCGUCAGCCACCAGCCACUCCCCUGGAACCUAGUCCAUCAAACUUCUUCACCCUAACCUCACACCAUCCGUCUUCAUGCUAACUAUAUUAUCUAUUCCUUUACGUACUAAUGAUCUCAAUCAUUCAAAACAUCAUUCUACUUUUGUGAAUCCUGUCCACAAUCAUGCAUCACAUGACCUCUAUAUAACACCCCAUGCUACUUUCUGUCAAACUUUCACUUUUAUCCUUCUCGCUUUCACUACUCUUAUUUCAUGUGAAUCACUGACACAAUGUGUUUCAUAUAAUGAGAG